CCCUGCUCGAAGGACCGUUGCGGACGGCGCCCCCGCCGCCGCCAGUGGGCCCCGCUUGCCCGACGUCGUGCGCCGCGCCCGCCGACCCCAGGGGUUACCGCUCCGAGCCGCCGCAGCUCCUCUCGGCGCGGGGCGCCAGCCCAGAGAGGUUCUGGUCCGAGCCGCCCCAGCUCAUCUCGGCGCGGGGACCGCGCGGCGGGGUGCCCGAGCCCGCCGACGAGGCCGACACGUUGGCCUCGCUCCGGGCGGUGCUGCACUCCUCGACCGGCGAGGAGGCCGACGCGCUGGGGCCGGCGCCCCGCAGGCGCGUCUCGGCGCGCGGGGCCGCCGAGGCGGCCUGCUGGGCGAGCGACGGCGGGGCCGCCCGCGGGGGCAGCACGUCCUUCGGCUGUGACGUCGCGAAGUUGCGGAUGAAGGUGCACGAGAUGAAGGCGGCCUUGUCCGAGGAGGCGGCGCAGGACGGGACGGGCUGGACCUCGUGCGGAGCUGGUCCGAGGAGGUGUCCGAGGCGCUGCUGGGCUGCAACCUGGUUCUCUACGAUGCGUCAGGUCAUGAUCCGUGGUUUGGGUCAUGAGAGGUUGCCGCGAUUACUUAGAAUAACAAAAGCUGGCAUAAGCGUCAGGCUUCAGAAGGUCAGCGCGGAUCCAUGGAGUCGGUGCUGUACCCUGCUGGCGGCAUGUCCCCCUGCGCGGUCUGGCCCGCAUUCGAGGCGGCCCCCAGAGCUAUGACACCUCCACACGGUGGCGGAUCUGCUACAAUUCAACGGAGAAAUUGCAGGGCGGCGGUUGAGCGCGUCGAUGGUAGAGUUGGCGUGAGACGGUAAUUAUACACAUGGUGCCGUCUCGACUCGUUUGCAGGGUGCCGAACAGGUUUACGAUCUGCGCGAGGCGUGCCAUCCAUGUUUCAACGUUGAUGAUUUUUGCAGCACCCUCUGCCUUUCGCAUCUCUCGGCCGCUUCAUGUUGUACGUAGUCCGUUCCCUGUGACGUCACUUUCGGUGUGGCCCACGAGCCCCGCAUUGCAUGAUUUAAAUUUGUUCAUACGAUAAGCUAGCUUGCGAUCAUCGCUCCAUGCUCCUGGUUCGGCGACCAGAAGCUGAUUUGGGAGGACGGGCUCUUUCCGUCUAUCCAGCUGCAGCACCGCUUCCGAGCCAGGGGGGGCGCACUUAUGCACGAUCUCCCUGCACGCGUUGGUGCGUGCUGUCCAGCAAAAGCUCACGCGCGUCAGGCCUUGCUGGCGACCAGCGCGCAUGGCGUCCGGCGCCCACGGCGAUCCACCCGCAUGAGACAGACGGCCCCGCGCGCAGCGAAAGCCUCGGCCUCGCGGCCCCGCCACGAAGGGGGGCCCGCGGAGUUUGAGAGGGCGUGUCCUCUCCUUUUUUUGUUUUCCUCCUCCUCCUCCUCCUCCUCCUCCCCCUCCUCCCCCUCCUCCUCCUCCUCCCCCUCCUCCUCC